GGCAGUUAGGCAAGGUCACCAUCUUCGAAUUUCUCUGUUCCUUCUAAAUACACAAGCAUGGUGCUCUGCUAAUUCCAUCCAACACUCGUUCUUCAUUGAGAGUGAGCGCAGUUGAAAUGGGGUUUUGGAAAUUUUCCAGGUUCAGUUUCCUGUUCUUCACUAGCAUUCUGUUUGUGGGUGCAUUUGAAGAGGGUACAACUGACCCAAUUGCCAAGGAUCGAGCUUCUUUGGUUUCGUUCAAGGAGGGCAUUGUGUCAGACCCAGAACAUGCUCUCCAGAGCUGGAACGUUGAGAAUGUUCAUGUCUGUGAUUGGUUUGGGGUUCGGUGCAACAAUGGUAGGAAUCAAGUGGUGGAGCUGUAUCUUAAUACAACGUCACUCCAAGGCACCAUUUCCCCUGCUCUUGCCAAUCUUUCCUCUUUACAGAUUCUUAAUCUGUCCGUGAAUUUCUUUGAAGGCCCAAUUCCAAAAGAGCUGGGAGCUUUGACUCAGCUCAGGAAAAUCAGUUUAUCAUGGAACCUUCUGGAGGGGGAAAUCCCAAUUGAGUUGGGCCGUCUUCAGCAAUUGGUUUACAUUGAUUUUGCGAGUAACCGGCUGGUGGGGGAGAUUCCGGGGCCAAUUUUCUCCAACCUUACUUCCUUACAGAUUCUUGAUCUUUCCAGAAACAUUUUUGAAGGUCAAAUCCCGGUAGAGCUGGGCUCUCUAGUUCAGCUCAGGCAACUCAGUUUAUCAUGGAACCUUCUGCGAGGAAAAAUCCCAACGGAGUUGGGUUAUUUUCCAGAAUUACAAUACAUAGACUUGGUGAGUAACAGGCUCGAGGGUGAGAUUCCAGCAUCACUUUUCUGCAAUGGUUCUAAUACUUUGCAGUAUGUAGACCUCUCUAACAACUCUCUCAGUGGCGAAAUCCCUCUGAAGAAUGAUUGUGAGCUCAGGGAAUUGAGGUAUUUGAUGCUUUGGUCCAACAGAUUGGUGGGAAGAGUUCCUCAGGCCCUUUCGAACUUCACAGAACUCAAAUGGCUGGAUCUUGAAUCAAACAUGUUAAAAGGGGAACUGCCAUCUGAUAUUAUAAGUAAGAUGCCACAGUUGCAGUUCCUCUACUUGUCACACAAUCAUUUUGUCAGUCAUGAUGGUAACACAAACCUUGAACCCUUCUUUGCUUCGUUGGUUAAUGCAUCUAACUUACAAGAACUGGAAUUAGCAGGAAACAAGCUUGGUGGGGAGAUACCUCCUAUUAUUGGUAAUCUUUCUGCCAAUUUUGCAGAGAUUGAUCUGGAUGACAACCUGAUAUAUGGGUCCAUUCCUCCUCAGAUUUCUAACCUUGUAAAUCUCAACCUCUUGAACCUUUCUAGCAACCUUUUGAAUGGAACCAUUCCACCUGAACUCUACAGGAUGGAAAAACUAGAGAGGGUCUAUCUGUCGGAUAAUCUACUCUCUGGUGAGAUUCCAGCAGCUUUGGGAGAUAUUCCACAUUUGGGUCUUCUAGAUUUAUCAAAGAACAAGCUUUCAGGGUCAAUUCCAGAUAGUUUUGCUAAUCUGCCCCAGCUGAGGAGACUUCUGCUCCAUGAUAAUCAGCUUUCAGGAACAAUCCCACCGAGCCUGGGAAAAUGCAAAAACUUGGAGAUUUUAGACCUCUCUCACAACAGAAUUUCUGGAAUGAUUCCCAGUGAGGUUUCUGGAUUGAGGAGCUUGAACCUGUACCUGAAUUUGUCUAGCAAUCUGCUGCAUGGGCCCUUGCCACCAGAGCUGAGCAAAAUGGAUAUGGUGCUGGCUAUUGAUCUAUCCUUGAACAAUCUCUCUGGCAUAAUCCCUUCACAACUUGGAAGCUGCAUCGCUCUAGAGUCCCUUAACCUUUCUGGUAAUCUCCUGGAAGGUCCCUUGCCGGCUUCAAUAGGGCGGUUGCCCUAUCUAAAGAAGAUAGACGUGUCUUCAAACCAAUUGACAGGAGGCAUACCACCAACUUUUCAGGCAUCAUCAACUCUGAAAGUGCUAAACUUUUCUUUCAACGAGUUCUCUGGUGAUGUUUCAAACAAGGGUACAUUUUCAUUGCUGACCAUAGACUCUUUUCUAGGAAAUGAAGGUCUCUGUGGAUCAAUAAAAGGCAUGACGAACUGCAGGAAGAAAGGUUCUUUUCGUUCCAUUGUUUUGCCAAUCCUCCUGUUACUCUUUGCAACUGCUGUAUUCUUUGUACCUCUAGUGCUUAGGUCAAGGUUUAGAAGCAAACUAGGAAUAUUCGGCAGAGGGAACUUGGAAGAUGAAGAAAAAGAAACUAGGAAGGACCUCAAGUACCCAAGAAUCUCGUACAAGGAACUCAUUGAAGCCACUGGUGGGUUCAGCCCUUCCAGCUUGGUUGGUUCAGGCCACUUUGGUCAUGUAUACAAGGGAACUCUUCGGGACAAGACGAGAAUAGCCGUGAAGGUUUUGGAUUUGAAGACAGCUGGAGACGUAUCAGGUAGUUUUAGGAGGGAAUGUCAAGUCCUAAGGAGGACAAGGCACAGAAAUUUGAUUAGGAUCAUUACAACCUGCAGCAGGCCAGACUUCAAGGCUCUUGUCCUUCCCCUGAUGUCGAAUGGGAGCCUGGAGAGGCAUUUAUACCCUAGUCAUGGAUUGAACCAUAACUUGGAUUUGAUCCAGUUGGUGAGCAUCUGCAGUGAUGUGGCCGAAGGGGUGGCCUAUUUGCAUCAUCACUCUCCUGUUAAAGUUGUGCACUGUGACCUUAAACCCAGCAAUAUCCUUCUUGAUGAUGACAUGACUGCUUUGGUAACAGAUUUUGGGAUUGCAAGGUUGGUGAAAGGCAUUGAUGAUGGUAUUUCUCCAGAUGACUCAAUGUCCUUUAACUCAACAGACGGCUUGUUAUGUGGAUCUGUUGGCUAUAUAGCUCCUGAGUAUGGAUUAGGCAAACGUGCUUCAACUCAGGGUGAUGUUUACAGUUUUGGGGUCCUUGUACUAGAAAUUGUCUCAGGAAGGCGUCCCACUGAUGUGCUUUUCGAUGAAGGUUCAAGUUUGCAUCAGUGGAUAAAAGGUCACUAUCCAUACCGGCUUGAACCUAUUGUAGAGCAAGCACUGAUGAGGUGCAGACCCUCAGGAAUACCGGCAAGUUAUGACAAAAUAUGGAGAGAUGUUGUCUUGGAGUUGAUAGAACUUGGGCUUAUUUGCACACAGUACAACCCUGCAACAAGACCAACCAUGCUAGAAAUAGCUCAUGAAAUGGGCAGACUAAAGCAGUACCUCUCUACUCCAUCCUCCAAGCUGAUUGAAGAAGCUUCUCCAAAGGCUGCUGCUUUCUGAUCAAGGAAAGAAUAUAGAAACACCCCAUUUAGCUUAUUCAGAAAUUUCAUGAAAAUUUGAUCAAAAUUUGUAUUCAUUUGUUUGACUAUUUUUCCCCCCUUUUUUUCUUGGUGAAACUAUAACUAACAUUUCACUUUAAACUCAAUAAAAUACAAUCCAAUAG